AUGAGUUGGCUCCGCAAUACAUCAACAAUGCUUGCCCGACAACUGUCACGAACAUUAGACCCUCGGCAUGAUUAUGAGCCCCAAGCAUGCUACAACUCAUUCUGUAAGCAUUGGCAACAAGCUCAUGAUAUUAUUUUGAAGUCUAAGCCACAGCACUUACAUGAUGAUGUAUUAGGAGUUGUUAAUCACUUAGAGCAACUGUCUACCCUUCUUGUAUUAGAGGCGAGAGCAAGAGAAAUCAGUACAACUCAAAAUCCACAACCAUGCUUUGAAUAUCUGCUUAGUGAGAAUGUACUGGAUAAAUUAUAUGAAUGGACUAUAUGUACUGGAAAAUAUGAAAAUGCCUUAAGAUUGGAACAGCUGCGGCUGUAUGGGCAUCUCAUAAGUUUUUAUGGAUCACAAGUUGUAGCAGCUGAACCAUUUUUACGUCCACUUCUGAAAUUAUUAAGCGGCUUCAGGGAUCAAUUGGCGCCGCCAAAUCUAGAGAGUCAACUUGUAACGGUACUCAAUCAGCUAUGUAUAACGUUGAUGCAGAAUCUGAAAUUUGUCGAUUUGUUCUUCUUAACUACGCACACGCAAAAUGGAUCGAUCCCAGAGUUUAUAAUAGGCCAGUUGUUGUUAUCAUCAGUGCACCGCGAAGGUUCUUGCGGCUCCGUUUCCCGCGAUGCUUUCCUUCUUUGUGCAAAGAUGUCUGCUCGUUCCGAACAACUCGCUGAAUGUUUGCUCACGGGGAAUGCUUGUCCAAUACUUGCUACUGGUCUAAGUGGUCUGUAUUCCCUUCUCCCUCGCACAUUAGGGGAAGGCAUCCUUCGUCUCACACCAGAUGACGUCAACAAAGUGCAUAAGUUGACGUUGUUCAUAGAUUCGUUGGAGUUUUGCAAUGCUGUAGCACAGGUCGCUCACCCGUCGAUAAGAGCACAACUCCUGGAUUUGCUAUUACAAGGUUUUCUUGUUCCUGUCAUGGGACCAGCGCUUUUACAGACGAAAGGGGAAACGUUGCAGACUGGGGCCAUCGAACAAGCGGCGGCUACGGCGUACUUUGAGCUACUGAUUCGCUGUAUAACGCCAGAGGGACUUAUGAGGGUAGUUCUACAUUUUCUCUUCACCUAUGAAUAUGAUGGAGUGAAGAUGAUCGAUGUUCUUUUGGCUCGGCUUGAAAGCAGUUCGCAGCUGUCCUUAGUAACACUCUCCCUUAUGGAGACCUUAAUUGAUCUAAAUUGUGAGGACGUCAUGAUCGAGCUGGUAUUCAAGUACCUUUUAAAUGGGCAUCACAUGAUCUUACCGCAUAAGCACAAAUUAUCAGAUCCCGAAAUGUAUAGGCUGGCAUCUCUGGCCUUCUUGGAGUUAAGCCCGAAAUGCUGUAAGAGGCCAUUGGAAUCGACAAAAGCGUGGGUCGAAGAGAUGGCGGCCAGUGGAAGGAAGGUUCUGGAACUUAGUAGUAAUGACAGUAGGAGAGUGAAUGGAGUACACGGAGAUAUUGCUAUGAAUGAUCUAGUCCAGGAUAUCAAUUUUGAUUAUGGGAACCCGAACGAAACCCUAAUCAGCAACUAUCAUGCAUACCUUUGCGAUAGUCGCUUUGAGAUAGUUACACGAUCCAUUGCGUGCGCGCAUUGGUCCUCGAAAUACAAUACAAUUUCUCCCAAAAGAGAACCGAACAACAACACGAAUAUCAAAGAAGCAGAGCAUACGAUAGAUAGCCUAGUUUCAAUUUGCACAAGUGGAUAUGACACUUUUAAAACGUCAGAAAAAAGUGACACUUCGGAAAAAGAAAACAGUCUCAAUUCCUUGACAGAGGAAAAAGAAGGAAAGGAAUGUUUGGAGGAAAAGCAACAAGUUAUUGAUGAAAAGGAAAAUGUUAGUUUGAAUUCCUUUGGGGAAACUAGCGGGUACAAUAGCUUUUUAAAGGUGGAUUGUGAUGAGGGAUUUGCUGAGGAUUCGUUUAGGAAGAGUUUUGAAAAGGAACCUGAGGAGUUCAGCGAGGGUGAGGUGCCCGUGGGAAGUUGGAGGGUCAGCACUGAUAGUAUUAUUGGUCCGCUAUUAAGCAGUCUUCUUAGGAAGACGUCGCGUUGUUUAGAAUCGGAUGUUACGAGCAACUGCCACGUCUCGAGUAUCAUCUGCAAACUGUGCUCAUUUCCAUCGGUCCUACUGGUGGCAGUUGUACUGUGCCCCACUUUGACGCCUAAUGUACCGUCGUUGUAUCAGAUUUUGAAUAAACUACGCGAGGAAGUAGAUAUAGCGUUAGAAGGGAUGGAGAAGGUAGAAGAGUUGGUGGAUCGAGCGAGGGUCUUUCUCAUACAACGGGAGCUAACGUUAGUUCGGCGUGCGCUUACCAACGACGACAGAAAAGCGCGAAAUCCGAAUCUUCAGCAAGACAGUUCGUUUCGUAGAAGCGAAUCUAAAAGACGCAGUUUCUCAUCUAGUCUUAGCAAUAUGUUCUCCAGGAAGGCACCACCAUCCCCGUCACCACAAAUCCAGCCACCCGCGCCACAACUGCCAUUCACCCAAGAGUCAUACUGGAAUAAAUCAGCCAUGCACCGCUGCAUAUUAAACGCAGUCAUCCUCGACGAGUGGCUUAAAGAAUUAUCAGCGUUGUGUCAGGAACAGGCGCUCAGAUUAUCCGCUGAAAGUUACGAACACGAAAACUAUAUACGGAUAUUAUCUUUAUGA